AGCAACGAGCUGCUCGGUGGCCGAGCGGACUGUUGCUUCGCGCGAUGUCGUGGGCGCACGUCGAGGUCGGCAGAAUUUGUGCCUGCGCCGCGCAGCGCCGAGAGACGUCGACGGGCGAGGCGCAGCAGCCAGAGCCUCGCCUCGGGCGCGGCUUGGCCCGGCGGCUGUGCUCCUCUGCCGCACAGCUUUGUGCGCCCAUCCUGCGCUCCUCUCUAGCGCCCAUCACCACCUUCUCCACCCUCACACUAGUCACUCCGCAUUUCCCUUCGCACCUCUUCGGUCUCCUCGCCGCACCGUCCAUCCACACGCUUCCACAUCGCAUCCUCUCGCCGCGCAGCCAUGGCGACGCCCGACGUCUCUGCCGCUCCGCUGGCGGCCGAUGCCGGCCCGCGCAACAUCUCGCGCGACGGCGCCAAGAUCGCAGACAUGGAGUACUACGACCUGCUCGGCGUUGCCGGUCAGGCCACGGACAUUGAGCUCAAGAAGGCCUACCGCAAGAUGGCCGUCAAGAACCACCCGGACAAGGGCGGCGACGAGGAGCAGUUCAAGCUCAUCGGCGAGGCGUACCGCGUGCUGUCCGACUCGAACCUGCGUGCGGACUACGACAAGCACGGCAAGAAGAAGCCCACCGGCGAGGUCGGCCUGCACGAGGCGACGGAGAUGUUCGGGCAGCUGUUCGGCGGCGACCGCUUUGUGGAUCUCAUUGGCGAGAUCUCGCUGCUCAAGGACUUUGGCAAGGCGAGCGAGAUCCUCAUGACGGAGGAGGAAAAGGCCGAGGCCGACGCGGCUCUGCGCGCCUCGCAGACAGACGGCGCGCCUGCGCCGAGCGCCGCACCGCAGCAGGGCACGCUCGAGGCGGAGAAGAAGGAGGGCGCCGCUGAAAUGUCGGCCGGCGCAGCUGCUGCUGCGGCCGGUGCCACGCCGGCCGAGGCGGCCAAGGCCGAGCAGAAGGCAGACGAGAAGAAGAAGAGCGAUCGCGCGAAGCUCACGCCGGAGCAGCGCGCCAAGCUUGACGAGCUGGAGCAGGAGAAGGAGAAGGCCGAGAAGGAGCGCAUCGAGGAUCUGACGCGCAAGCUGAAGGACCGCAUCCGGCCGUUCGUGGAGGCACGCAACCCGGGCGAUGCAAAUGACUCCGAGACGCAGAUCUUCGAGCGCAAGAUGCGCGAAGAGGCCGAGGAUUUGAAGCUCGAGUCGUUCGGCGUCGAGCUACUGCACGCCAUCGGUAACAUCUACCUGACCAAGUCGACGACGUGGAUCAAGUCGCAGAAGCACAACUUCCUUGGCCUGCCUGGCUUCUUCUCCCGCCUGAAGGAGAAGGGCGCUGUCGGCAAGGAGAUGUGGAGUCUGCUCGGCAGCGCAGUCAGCGUGCAGAUGAGCAUGGAGGACAUGGCCAAGCGCCAAGAGAAGGGCGAUCUGGACGAGGAGGAGCUGCGCAGGAUGGAGCAGGAGAUGAGCGGCAAGGUGCUGUUGGCUACCUGGCGCGGAACUCGCUGGGAGGUGACCACCGUUCUGCGCAAGGUGUGCGACAAUGUGCUGAAUGAGAAGGGCGUCGACAACAAGACGCUGUUGAACCGUGCCCGGGCGCUGGCCUUCCUCGGUGCCAUCUACAAGCAGGUGCAGCCCGAGGCCGAGGACGACGAGCGUCGGGAACUGGAGCGCCUGGUUGCCGAGGCGGGCGGCAAGAACAAGAAGAAGAAGGGCAAGGCGGUCAAGACGGCGGGCACGCCGCCAACAGCUGCGCCGGCGGGCACCGCCAAGGCCAACUGAAGAUAUCCCCCACGACCGUCGCGGCAGGCUUAUAUCCUCGCAGAAGGGCGAGCCCCCUGGCUCACGCUCGAGUUGCUUUGCGCACCACACGCCGUCGUUGAAUCUAUAGAUAGACGUUUCGUCAACGACUGGCUCGCUGAGGCUGCAGCAGUCGUUGCAUGACCGAUCUCAAGCCGCUUGGUCGUCAGGAAUAGAUUACAGGCUUCGCUUUGCAGCG